AUGUUCCUCGUGGUGGCUGUGAACAGCCUUACUCUGUAUCAACCCUCCUUCUGCCCUCUUCUGGGCGAUGUCUGUUGCUUGUGUGUGGCAGCAGCUGCUGGAGCCCUUUGCAGAGACCUGGGACCUCGCCACGCCCAUACACGGGGACCCAAUGAUGGCUCUUGUGGACUAUCACGAUGGCGUCAUCGCCAGCAUGGUGACUCCCCUGAAGACUUUUUGGCCAGAGGAGCCCGUUUGGCCUCCACAAGGGGCAGGAAUGAACAUUCUCCAAAGGGCAGCCUCCAAAAAUGUCUGCUGAGCAUCAGGGUACAAACAACCCAUCUCCCCCACCUGAGGGCGGGCAUCACUUUGAGGUGCGUUCUACUCUGUCUCUCAGAGUCACCAGUGGGACUGCGCUCAGUUGCCUGCAGUGGUGACCUGCUUGGCGACCCCCUCACUGGCUUCCUUGCCUUCCUUGUUUCCUGCCUCACUCCAUCUGGUACUCCUGGGAUCACCUCCCUAACCAAGCUUGCACCCACAUCCUCAUCCCAGGGUCUGGCCCUGGGGCCCCUGUCUCCACCGUCCUGUGAUGCAGCUUCACCUCCCAUCUCCUUGGGCCUCUAAUGAGCCCAGGUACCUGGGGUGUUCUCCUUGGCCCCGGCACAGACAAGCGGCAUCUCCUUAGG